AUGGGGAAGAUAAAAGUGCUAGACCUUUAUAGCGGAAUAGGGGGGCUACACUACAGCAUGCUACAAGCCCUAAUCAAUUGCGUCCACGAGAGGGCAGAAAAAGGCACCCUCAAGGGGGAAGCGGCAAAGGGGGAAGCGACAAAGGGGGAAGCGACAAAGGGGGAUGCGGCAACGGGGGAAGCGGCAAAGGGGGAAGCGGCAACGGGGGAAGCUGCAACGGGGGAUGCUCCCAACUGCGCCAACCUUUUCAGUGAGGCAGUUCGCUUCAUAUCGAUAGACCUUAACUGCUUCGCCAAUCAAACGCACCACCACAACUUCGAGGGUAGUUCCAUCUACCUAACGGAAAAGAAAUAUAUCGACCGAUUUUUUAAAGAGUACCAAGGGGAGCACAGCGGAGGAAGGAGCAACGCGAAAGAGGCUCCCUUCGUCCAGGAUAAGAACUACAUCCUUCAAACGGAUAUAAACAACCUGGACGCACAUUUUCUCGAUUACCACAAGUUUUUCAUUCUGCUGAUAUCCAACCCGUGUCAGCCCUACACCAGGCAGAACAAGAAGUUCCAGCAGGUCAAUUUGGAUGAGUUGUUCGGAAAGUACGCCUCCCACACAGCAGAGGAAUCCCCGCUGGGGGGAGGAAAAAAGCAAAACGGAAGUUCUCCCUCCCCUUUAGAGAAGUCGGAUCGUAUGAAUAAUUUGCUCACCCGAAGUUGUGCUGCGAAUGAAAGCAGCGAUGCAGAUGAUAAGGCCCACUUGGUUACCCCAAAGUGUAACGACCUGGGAGACGUCCCCCUCAAAGGGACAAACAAAAGCGAUCACGAUAGGGCAUUGUGGGAAAAUCACCGAGGAGGAGAAGACCCAUUUCACGUGGGCAGGCUAAACCUAGACGAAGCCCUAAACUUCCUGCAAAUCGAAAAGGACGAACGGUCCAGAAGUUUCUUCCACAUCUGCAAUUUGCUGAAAAAGGUAAAGGAAGAAAAUUUGCCAAAAUAUAUUUUCAUCGAAAAUGUCAGAAAUUUUGAGUUAUCCUCCUCCUUUUUGUACUUCAUAAAUUCGGUUAAGAAGAAUUAUAAUUUCCAGACCUAUCUUUUGUCCCCUCUGCAGUAUGGCAUACCGAAUGAGCGUCUUCGUUUUUAUUGCAUAUGUAGGAGGAAAGACAAGUCGGUUGGUCUUACAUCGUGGGAGAGCUUCCCCAAUGGAGGGACUGCCCCACUGUACAGCAAUUCGCUUAUGCCAGCCAAGUGCAUCCUCCGUACAUUUGAAAACAACCCCAAUUUUAGGCCUUCCCCAAAGUACUCUUUUUACACCCCCAGCUUGGCCACAUUCUUAGACCAUAAUGAUAAGUACCCAAUAAUGUGCAACACAAGUGAAGGGAUAAACUUAACGAACGAGACAUUGCAGGAAUAUGAAGUUAAGAAUAGUACUUUGGAAAAAUGCUCCUCAUUCUGCUUUGACAUGAUAGAUAUUAACCGAAAUGGAAAUGUGUGCUGCUUCGACGGGGGUAGUUAUUUUGGCCAGAAGAGUGAAGCGAUACGGGACCUCCCACAUGAGAGAAACUUGAGGGACUUGAUUAACUCGAACAAGGUGCAUUCCAUGUGCUUCACGUCUAACUAUGCGAGGUAUAUUAACGGCUCCGGCUCGGUUCUCUACUUCUCCGGGCGCACAAGGGGGUCCCCCUCAUUUGGCAGAGAAAUGCGAUGUGGGCAUGCGCAGAGUGGGCGCAUGGAAAAGGCCCACAUGGGAGACCAGCCCUUGAGCGGCGGCUCCUGCAGUGAUAACGUCUCCCAUGACGACUCCCCUCGUGAACCUCACCGCGGAGAAAUAAUCAAACAAAUGAGCAAGUACAAAAACAGAGCGCGGUACUUCACCCCCGUAGAGAUAUGCAGACUGAUGGGCUAUAAGAUGCGCACCGGCAGGGCUAUCAGGGAAGGCGGCGAAGGCAAAAAAAACAGAGUCGGAAAUAUCUACUGGAAUAUGGACCACAUUCACCACAUGUGCGCCUACACGUGUGGUGUGCACUACUGUGCGAGUGGUCAUAGCGACAGGUGUUUGUUUAAUGAAGGGCUCCAUUUAGCAGAGCAUCAGUUGAGAAGAUCACCAACUGAUGGAGUGCUUCUCGGUGGGGAAUCCCCCCAUGGAAAAUCCCCCCAUGGAAAAUCCCACCAUGGAAAAUUCCACCAUGGAAAGUCCCACCAUGGAAAGUCCCACCAUGGAAAAUUCCACCAUGGAAAGUCCCACCAUGGAAACCCCCCCCAAGACGAGCGCACAACACCCUGCUCCUGUCACGAAUUUAAAUUUCCACCAUUUUUGACGAACAGGCAAAAGUACAAACUGGUUGGCAAUUCCGUCAACGUCACUGUGAUAGCUUUAAUUUUUCAAGCCCACGACAUUUUCGGGGACCUCCUCAAAGGGGGGGGCUUUCCCAGCUAA